AAUCUUCUACGGUAACAUCGCUUAUAUUAUUAUUAAGUUCGCUCGUUUGUGCAGUCUUGCUGGACUACGAGUCAGCCAACAAAUAUGAGGUAAAAAACGGCCACGGACAGACGAUCUUCAUGGCGCUCGAGGAUUCGGACUGCUGCUCCCGUAACAUGUGCGGUAACCUUCGGCCCCUCGACAUCAAGAUCAUCGACUGCAACCAAACCGAAGUUAUGAAACUCAGCCGCCCUCUCGCGUGCCAGGGCUGCUGCUUCCCCUGCUGUCUCCAGACGAUGGACGUUGAGUGCCCCCCUGGCACGGUCGUGGGCAGGAUCGAGGAGCGAUGGAGCAUCCUCACUCCAAAGUUUGACAUCAAGAACGAGGCUGGAGAGACGGUCCUUAAAAUCAAGGGGCCAAUAUGCCAGUGCAACUGUUGCGGCGACGUCGAGUUCGAGAUCCUGUCAGCGGACGGCAAGGCGAAGGUGGGCAAGAUAUCAAAGCACUGGGCCGGUCUGGUGAGUGAAAUGUUCACCGACGCCGAGAAUUUCGGCAUCAACUUCCCGCUUGACUUGGACGUCAAGGUGAAGGCCACGCUACUCGGUGCCCUCUUCCUCAUCGAUUUCCUGUACUUCGAGCAGAAGUAAGUCCGGCGCUCCCCCACAACCGCCUCACCCAAGUCGUCCGAAACAGCAAACUUAUCUUCAACAAAAAUUAACCUGAUGCUCCGUCUAAGUUCGACGUUUGCGUUCCAUCCAAUAAUGUUGUCCGAUAUAUUCUCCGAGGCAAUGCAUCCCCCGACGGAAUUUAUUCUAAGAGGGAAUGUAUCCCCCGACGGAAUUUUUUCCUAAAGGGAAUGUAUCACCCGAGGGAUUGUAUCUUCCGAGGAAAUGUAUCUUCCGAGGGAAUGUAUCUUCCGAGGGAAUGUAUCCCCCGGAGGGAAUAUAUCCUCUGACGGAAGGUAUCCUUCGAGGGAAUGUAUCCUCCGAGAAUGUGUGCUCGGCAGGUGUUGCCCAAAGCAUCAGUGUUCAUCGCGGUCGCACGCUCGCUCGAUGAAUGUUAACCCUUGCCUCGUCUAUACGCAGUGUGAAUGAGGAGCGUUAGUGAAUUUUUAUCGGUGUAUAAGGACUGUUUUUAUUGUUCUCACUUGUUCCGAAUACUGCGGCACAAAAUCCAAUCUUAAAUGUAUUUUUGUAUCACAUGCGAAUAUGUCGUGCGUGCGUUUGUUUUGUAUGGAUUCAUUAGUUCGUAUUCAUUAUACAUUAUAGCUGACGUCAUGACUGCUGGCACCAAAGUUUCCCGUUCUCAUGUUCUUAUGUUUCGUACUGUUCUUAGUGCUUAUCUUUCUUCCUGGCCGAUUUAUUUCGCUUUAUUUUACCAGCCUUUAGCCUAGAUUAUCACGAAUGUAUUCUAAUUAAAUUUUAUUACCGCUAAUGUCCUUGCAGUGUUACAGGAUAGUCUAUGAAAUAUUAUAUGUCCAGUUGAUAUUAUGUGUCUAA